AUGGCUCACGUUCCCCAAGGUUUUGGAGGAUUUGCCAUUACUUCCUGCAAUUUGGUUUCGCCCAUCCCUGCCUCAGUUUCCUUCGCCCAGGCGGCCUCCAUUCCAAGCGUCUUCGUUACGGCGUACUAUGCUCUCAUCUUCCUGGGGCGCCUCACGUCAGGAGAGAGUGUUCUAAUCCAUUCAGCCGCGGGUGGCGUGGGUAUAGCGGCCAUCCAGAUGGCGAAGCAUGUGGGUGCCAAAGUAUAUGCCACGGCUGGAAGCCACGACCGGCGAGAAUGGGUGUCUAACAUGGGGGUCGAAGAAGUCUUCGACUCCCGCUCUGCGUCAUUCCUGGACAAAAUAAGAGCCGCCACCGGGGGUCGGGGUGUGGAUCUUGUGCUCAAUUCUCUGACUGGACCAUUGUUGUUGCAGUCCAUGGCAUGCCUAGCGCCAUAUGGACGCUUCGUGGAGAUGGGGAAGACAGACAUCUAUCGCGACAUGAGGAUUGGUCUGGAGCAAUUAGGCGAGAAUCGUUCAUUUUUCGCCAUUGAUAUCGAUAGAUUGGCAAAUCAGAAACCAAAACUUUACCGUCACAUUAUGGAUGAAGUCUGCAAGCUGUUUAAUCUAGGAAAGUUGGUUCCAGAACCCAUCACCACACAUUCCAUUACCGAGCUCUCCACAGCACUGCGUGGGCUCUCUCGCUCUACCGUGAUUGGAAAGUCCGUCGUUGUGAUGCCAGAAAACACCUGUGUCCAAGCUGCACCGCAAAACCGCUUGACGCUGCGAGGGGAUCGUAGCUAUCUCAUCACCGGUGGCGCAAGUGGGCUAGGGUUGCACCUAGCAAUCCUCUUGGUUGAUAGGGGAGCGAGACACCUGGUUCUCGUAAGCAGAUCUGGACCUAAGUCUGCCGAGGAUCACGCGAUUAUUUUGAACUUGCAGCGUCGUGGAGUCGUCGUCCAGGUUGAACAUGCCGACGUCAGCAGCGCCGAUAAUGUUAAGUCCCUCUUCUGCCAACGACCAGGACGACCCCCGAUUGCAGGUGUCCUUCACUCGGCCGGCAUAAUAGCAGACGCUUUUGCUCAUAAGACUACAGCCGACAGCUUCCAGGCUAUCUUCGCUCCCAAGGCACUCGGCGCAUGGAAUCUGCACCAAGCGACAGCAGACAUGGAUCUUGAUUUCUUUGUUCUAGUGUCGUCUGUUUCCAGUGUUCUAGCACUUCUCGGCCAGUUCUCCUACGCCGCGGCAAACCAGUUUCUUGAUGGACUGGCGCACCAUCGUCGGGCAUGUGGAAUGCCCGCGGUGUCUCUUAACCUCGGGGUCCUAGGGGAAUUCGCCGGCAUGUCUCGCGGCACUACUCAAACUGAUCAGGUUAUGGGGAUCCUGGAGUCGCAAGGACUGUUCCCCAUGAGUCUUCAAACAACCUGGUCUGCUGUUGAGGAUUCUAUUCUCUACAACAGGACCCAGAGUAUGGUUGCCAGCAUCGACUGGUCAGUGUUCCUCAAAUCGCUCCCCCACCUAACACUGGACGGUGCUUUCCUUGACCUAGGGAAUGAACCUGGUGGAAAGGACGUUUCUGGAUCUAAACAGCCGUUUUCUAAACUCUCUGGCCCCGAGCGAGUUCAACAAAUCGCGGAUACUUUGCGCUCUGGGCUGGCCAAGAUUAUAGGAGUGGAGCCAGAUCGGCUAUCGACCACAGAGAAAAUUGAUAAAUAUGCAUUCGACUCGCUAACCUUCACGCAAUUUCGAAGCACUAUCCUGCGAGAACUUGGGACUCCGUACCCCUUAAUGCGAUUGUUUAAAGCCCCAAGCCUACAGGAGAUUGCUGUAGAGUUAGACGGUUCCUCUCCCAACGGUCCAUCGGGAGGACAGAGCUCUGUCCCCCUGGCUAUCUCUGACAGAGCCAUGGAUGAACUGACUGCUCUGUCAUCAUGGUUCGUUCAGGGCAAUCCGAUCAACAGCUCCAAACCCCGGAUGCUUUGUUUCCCCUCCAUGGGCGCGGGAGCGUCUAUUUUCGCUCAGUUCCUGGCAGAUCCACCGGCCGGACUGCAUCCAAUUGCGGUGCAAUAUCCUGGCCGGGAGAUGCGAGCCGAUGAAGCUGUAAUGGGAAGUGUAUCCGAAAUCGUGUCCGGCGUCCUGAGCGAGAUGGACCGGGUGAUUGGAGAGCCGUCUAUAUUCUGGGGCCACUCCUUUGGAGGCAUCAUUGCCUUCGAAGUGAUCCGAGCUCUUCGGCGGCAAGGGAAACCAAUCCCGCGUUUAGUGGUUACCGGCACUAUUGCGCCGCAUCUCAUUGAAAUCUGGCAGAAGCGGGAUGUAUUGCUCCAUGGUUUGAGGGAGGACUACACUCCCGAGUAUAUGAUGGCUAUUUCGCGCUACGUUGACGACGGGGAGUUAAUCCGCAGUAUUUUGCCGAUGAUGAAGCGGGACGCCCCCCUAUUAAUAGGCUACCAAUACCGUGUAGAAGAGCCUUUGGACAUACCAAUCAUGGCUUUUGCUGCCCGGCAGGACGACAUAGUAUAUGCAGAUGAGGUCGCGGCAUGGAGUAUUCACGGCAGGGAGUUCCGUUUGAUCGAGGUAGAUGGGGACCAUUGGUUCUUGCACCGGAAUCGAGACUUAUUGCGCCAGACUUUGGCGGCGAUGGCGCCACCUAGAUGGCCCCAGGAGUCUUCUAGCCGGGGUUUGCCCACUGAAUGUAAACCACUCGACCAUAUGAAAUUGAACUUGGUGCAUCAGAACUGA